UUAAUUUGUUUUUCUUUUUAAGCGGUUGCUGUUUGGGGAAAUGAUUUUUUAACGAUGCAGAGCCUCCUGCGACAAGGACAUAGCCUGAGAUGCUACUGCCUCAUGGGCAUCCAGGCCCAAAAAAUUCACACAACAGCGAUACAGAGUACAUUCUGGGAGCGGGAAAAGAAAUCCGGUUACAAAACCAAAUUGCCAGAACCUUCAAAAAAGCAAUUAAUUUUAGAUGGCUUUAAAGACUUAAAGGAGGAGAUUAAACUUUGGCGUCAGGAGGUCAAGGAACAUUUGCAAAGUGACCCAAUUCUGGUAUUUCGUCCUGGGGAAACGGACGUUGUAUUUGAUUUUAAGGCUCCCGAUGUACUGGACAAAUGGACAGUGACCACCGAUGCGGAUCAUGGUGAAGGCAAAAGCACUGCAGCCCUCGAAUUGAGUGCCUCCGGCGCUGGCCUCUUUCAUGGCGAAGUUAGCUCAGAGCAUACAAAAGAUGGCAUUAUCAAGAGGACAGGAUAUGCAAAUAUUCGCACAAAGCGUGUACGGAAAUCCUUCAAACGCGAGGCCACCUACGACUGGACGCAAUACAAUAUGCUUAUCAUGAAGGUACGCGGCGAUGGACGUAGCUAUCUAAUAAAUCUCCACACCGAGGGCUACUUCGAUCUCAUGUGGAAUGACAUCUAUCACUAUGUGCUGUACACACGAGGUGGACCCCAUUGGCAAAUUGCAAAGAUACCCUUCUCCAAAUUCUUUCUAUCGUCUAAGGGGCGUGUACAGGAUCGUCAGGGAGCCAUAGCUUUAAAUAAAGUAACACAUUUUGGAUUCUCUGUGGCAGCAAAGAAAGGUAUGGAUGGUCCUUUCAACUUGGAAAUUGAUUAUGUUGGUCUAGAAUAUGAUCCCAGUCAUCGUGAGGAGUUUGCAUAUGAAAUGUACAAGACUCCCAAAUAUAUUGUUGCUACCUAGUUAA